AUGUUUAAUGCAAGAAAGGUCACGUCCCAACAUGCCCAUUACGCUUUUGUAGUUGAGAAACCUCCCUCAGAUGUAGCAUUAAAGGUAGCAGACCUCCUCAGUGAAGUGACGGCGGAGAAACCGUAUGAUACUUUGAAAGAUGCUAUACUAUACCGCACGGGCGAAUCAGAGGAACGUCGGUUGCACGAUUUGUUCAAUAACCAUCAUUUGGGACACUAUAAACCUUCCCAAUUGCUUAGAAAGAUGAAAGCUUUACUAGGUGACAAUACCAUGUCUGACACAGUCCUCCGUAAACUAUGGAUGGAUAAACUGAGCCCACAAACGUCACAAAUAUUAGUGUCACUCCCGGACGAUUUGGACCUACAGCGAUUGCAGAAAUCGCGGACAAAAUAUAUGAGAAUAAACCUCCGGGUCCGUGACUCACAAGAGUUAUCGAAAAUUAAAGAUUGUAUAGCAGAGCUUACCUCACAGUUACAAGCUCUACAAAUCGCUGUGCAUCAGCAAAACCGCACACCUAACAAUUUCACUAGACGACCACGUCCAUCACAUCAUACUAGGCGAAGAUCACGUUCCACAUCCAGAAGCAGGCCUAUAUUUGAUACCUGUUGGUAUCAUUUUAAAUAUGGACAACAUGUGCGGCAUUGUACGAAACCGUGUAACUUCGACAUAAACGCAGCUAAGGAUAACAACACACAACAGUCGGGAAACGACUAUCCCGGCAACAAGUAG